AUGCUAGAUGAGGAUCCAAAUACAACAGAACUGCGACAAGUACAGAACGCUUUCGUGCCACUCAUCAAACUAAAGUACCGGGGCAUCGAACUGGACGUGCUGUUCGCCAGCCUGGCUUCAAAACAAGUGCCUGAAGAUCAGCAGUUGAAAAAUGAUUUAAUCUUGAAAAAUUUGGACGAGAAAAGUGUUCGUUCAUUAAACGGCUGUCGUGUUGCCGAUGAAAUAUUAAAUUUGGUGCCAAAUGUUAAAAAUUUCACAUGCACUCUUCGAGCAAUCAAGCUUUGGGCGCGAAACCGUGGCGUUUAUUCGAAUAUUGUCGGCUUUCUCGGUGGAAUUUCCUGGGCAAUCCUUGUUGCUCGAAUAUGCCAAUUAUAUCCAAAUGCGGCUCCAUCAAGACUUGUCCAGAAGUUUUUCAUAGUGUUUUCGAGAUGGGAGUGGCCGCUUCCAGUAAUUUUAAAAGGCAUUCAGAGUUCGCGCUUAGUGGAAAUGCCUUCUUUACAGGAAUCUGUAUGGAAUCCGCGGACACGAAUCUGUGAUCGUUAUCACUUGAUGCCAAUAAUAACGCCUGCAUUUCCUGAGCAGAAUUCCACAUUCAACGUCACUAAGUCAGCACGACAAAUUAUCACGGAUGAAAUAAACAAAGCACUCAAUAUUGUCAUGGAUAUAAUAGGCGGAAAGGCGGAAUGGUCAGCAUUGUUCGAGAAAGUCAAUUUUUUUUCACGAUACAAACAUUUCCUGGCGCUUCUUUCAGUUGCGGCAACUGAGAAAGAUAAUUUGAUAUGGUCGGGGUUGGUCGAAUCAAAAAUUCGACAUUUGAUUGCAAACCUCGAACGACAUCCAGGCAUCGCUUUGUGCCAUAUUUAUCCAAAAUAUUUCAUGCCGCGAACUAAUCCGUUGCCGGUCACAGCGCCAAUUCCGGUUCCUAUAUGCCGCGUUUGGUUCAUUGGAUUGAAACUCAACAAGCAGCGAACAAAAAAUAUCGAUAUUGAAAAAGAAGUUCAGGGAUUCGUGGACGCCGUCACACUGGCAGCAAAAAAACAGCGGAUUUAUACUGAAGGAAUGAGCGUUUUACCGCAGUAUGUUAGAAAAUCAGAGCUCAAAAAGUGGUUAAAGCCGGAAGAUCUAGACUCAUCUGUAUGUAAGCAGAGUUGUUUGGCGGAAACCGUAAACAAUGAGAAGGAAAAUAGAGGCACGAAGCGAAGAGCAGAAGCGUAUCAGCUUGCUGGUGAGGCUGGCGUAGUGAAAAAACGGGCAAAGUGUACAAUUUGA